UGGGUAAAUCAUCUGGACACUGGGUCUCACUAUCGCCAAAUAUAUUUGGAGAUCGGCUUCGGCUACGGCUUGGCAGACAUUUUUUUCUUUCUACAAUUUUAAAUUAAAUUUAUUAGAAUAAAUGCUUCGAACACACGCGAUCUAAGUACCUUUUGUGUUUAUUAUACCUUACCUACCUAGGUAUAAAAAGAGUACUUACGUAGAUUUUCUUUUAUUAACUGUUUUAUACGAAGAUCUUGAUCUCUCAAAUUAGCAUCCAUUUUACUUCCAGUGAUUAUCAACUAAAUUAAUAAUCCACAAAGUAUUAAAUAACGUUUUUAUGAAAUAUUUAGCACAAAAACAAUACCCUUUAAAUAUCGAUCGUCAGUAACUGUGGCUGACUUACCUAUAUUCUAGCAAGCAGGACUGCCAGAUGUGAAGGGGAAAUCCCCAAUAAAUUGUUGCAUGUGACUGAUGAUGUGAGCAUGUUCGUUUCAUAAUAAAAAUGUUGCCAGGUAACCAAAAAGUCGUAUGUUUUUGUGCGAAUUACGAUCAUAAUCUUUACGAUCGUACAUUAAAAAAUAGACAAAUAAUAGUAUGAGUACGAUUUAAAUCGUAUAUCUGUCAACCCUGCUAGCAAGACAGCGACAAAAUCACGUUGCAUAACAAUGUAGCCCAAGCUUAUAUCUUAUGAAAUAUACGGAAGAGAUACGGACUUAGAAAAAACAGAAAUGUUGUUCUUUGUGGAAGUCAUUGAUGAAAUUCUAUGUAUUUUAGCCCGCAAACUUUCUUCAAACAAAAACAGUGCCAUCUAGUAUCGAGUUCUGUAAUUAUCUCUUUGUUUAUGGAUUUGAAGUAAGACCGCCACGCAUGCAAUACAUUAUGACUGGGGAUUCCCCUAUUCGUCGACGCUGAAUAUGAGGCGACGACAAUCACUGUCAAACGUGUUCACUAUUACUCUGACUCUGGUAACGUGACUUCCUGGUAACGUGUUAGGUAGGAAAAGCAGUAAAAAAGUGCAUAUUAAGGGAGCAGAUUUGAAAUAAUAUUUAUACUUAACAAGAAAUAAUUAAAGGUUCAAUGGGGAGACCUAAAGAUUUACGCAUAUGGGAGCACUACCGUACUUUACCAAACAAGUCUGUUUCUUGCAAGCUUUGUAAUAAGGUCUACAAAUUCAGUAAUGCUGCCAAAAUGCUUCAACAUCUUAUCACUUGUCCAAAAUCUCCAGAAACAUUAAAAGACUCUAUGAAACUUAUAAAAGAUAGCUCGUCCAAAACCAAAAUGUCUGGACUGUCAGAGAUAGAGACAAAUGAUUCUUUUAUAAGCCCCUCGUCGUCUGCUAACACUACAAUAAAUGCUGAGUUUCAAGACACCGAUGAUCAUAUAAAAACAGAAUUAGCGAGAGCUAUAUUUGUAACAGGGACGCCAUUAUCGAUGGUGCAACAUCCUUUAUGGAUACAAUUUUUCGAAAAAUUGCAACCAAAAUUUAAAAUACCUUCACGUAAAGCUUUAGCGACAAAAUACUUAGAUAAAAUAUAUAGAGAAAUGCGUUUUGAGUUAAAUGAGGAACUAAAUGCUUGUAGUUACUUACACCUUCAGUGCGAUGGCUGGUCUAAUUUAAGAAAUGAAGGAAUAAUAAACUUUCUUAUAUCAAAACCUCAACCUGCAUACGUUAAAAGUUUGAAUACAGAAAGUAAUCCUCACACUAGUGAAUACCUUAGCCAAGAAGUUGAAAAAGUAAUGAAAGUGUAUGGAGCAAAUAAGUUUCUUGUACUUAUUGGCGAUAACGCUAGAAAUAUACAAAAGGCAUUCGAAUUAACAAAACUCAAAUAUCCACAUGUUGUUCCUCUCGGUUGCUGUGCACAUAUCCUUAACUUGUUGUGCCAAGAUAUUGUAAAGAUACAAGAAGUAACUGUGUUUAUUAUGCAAGCCAUAAAUAUAAUAAAAACUGUUAAAAGGAGUCAACGAUUAAGUUCCUUGUUGAUAAAAUCAAGGCAGGGUGAAGAUUCUACACAAACACUAAAAUUGCCUUGUGCUACAAGAUGGGGAAGUCAUGUUACUUCGUUAAAAAGUUUGAAAGCAAAUAAGAUAGCUUUGCAAAUAUUAACAGUUAGAGAAGAUGUGGUAAUUUCAAGAGAUAUUAAAGAUUUAAUUCUAAGUGAUGAUUUCUGGACGAAGACAGGGGAAUGUAUAAGUAUUUUGGAACCAGUCACUGAAAGCAUAUUUUACUUAGAGAGCGACCAGAAUCGUUUGCAUCGCACAUACAUUACAUUUAGAGAUGUACAAGCUAAGAUACGUUUUGCAUUAAAUGAGAUUUCGACAUUGAGCGAAGAAAGCAAACAGCAGAUUCUAACAUCAGUAUCUUCAAGAUGCAAUAUGGCAAUGAGGCCAAUACAUUUUGCAGCAUAUAUUCUAGACCCCAGGACUCUAGGAGUCGAACUUACUCAAGAGGAAGAACUUAAGGGUAUGGAGUUUAUCUACAAUUUAAGCCAACACUUAAGUUUGUCAAAUGUAAUGGCAGAUUUGGCGUGUUAUAAAGCUAAAGAAAACUUUUGGGCCAGAGGAUUUGUAUGGAGCUCAUUAGAUAGCAUUGAGCCCCUAAUAUGGUGGAAAGGUAUUUGUGGUUCCACUGAGUUAAGCAAAGUAGCGAUUCGUAUUCUAUCAGCUCCCUGUACUUCGGCAGCCACUGAGCGUUCCUUUAGUAUCCAAGGCUACAUACAUAAUAACAAAAGAAAUCGACUUACAACUGAAAGAACUGAAAAAAUUUCAUUCAUUUGUUAUAACUGGAAUCUUAAACAUAAAGCUGAAUGCGAGGACAUUCAGUUUAAUGAAGAAAAUACCUUAGAAGCUUUCAUUGAGCAAGUAAAUGAACAUAACAGUUUAGACGAAAUAGAGCCUAUCGAACCUAUACAAUUCAUCGCUUGUAAUAACUCUGAAUCUGACAGUGAUUGACUGUAGUUUUACAUUUUACUUUCAUCUCUUUCUUAAUAAACUCAAAAUCAAAUUAAAAGUUUUUUAUUCUGUAGGCUGCAUAAUAAUAUUGUCUAUGUCCAGUAUAGUGGACGUCUUGCGGCUGAGAUGACGAUGAUGAAGUACAAAAUCAUAAACACCCAAAAAUUUGGGUGUUUAUGGGGUUUAAA